AUGCAAGUGCGCCCCACCGAAAGAAGCCGCAACGCGCGACCGCGACGCAAAAGAGCCGACGUCUUCAGAUAUGUCCGUCUGGCGACGUUCUUUUUUUACGUGUUCUGCUCGCAGUUUUCAUUCAUAAUCGAUCUUCUUUCUAUUUCAGACGACGUGCCCAACCGUACGGAGAACCUCGACUUGAAAACAACAACAAUUAUGGCGUCUUACGACCAGAGUCAACCUGACUACAGCACGCCCGAAGGCCAACAAGCCUACUGGGCGUAUUAUCAACAGCAACAACAACAGCAAGGAGCGCAGCCUGAGCAAUACGGCUCUUAUAAUAACCCGGGAGCACAGGCGGUAGCCGCUGGGGCUCAUGCUCAUGAUCCGUAUUCUAAAUCUCAGCAGGACCCAUAUGCAUCUGCUGCUGCUUACGGAGGCCACGAACAAGCUCCACAACAGCAACCACAAAACCCGUAUGCGCCACCACCACCAGGCAACGAUCCGUAUGGCCAAGGAGCCGGUGGACCACCAGCUGGAAGUGAUCCUUAUGGACAAAGCAGAGGUGGAUCCCGUGGAGGAUUCCGGGGAGGUUACGAAAGUGGUCGUGGUGGUGCUGGAAGAGGCUUUGAUGGAGGAAGAAGUGGUUUCGAAAGUGGAAGAGGUGGUUAUGGUGGAGAAGGUUCAGGAAGAGGAGGCUUUGGCGGCAGUAGUGGAGGUGGAAGAGGUGGAUUUGAUGGAGAGCGUCGUGGUGGAAGCCGCUGGGAUGAUGGAAACUCUGAUCGACAGGGCGGACCUCCAGGAGGAAGAGGAGGUUAUCAAGAUAGAGGACCUCGACGUGAUGGACCAGGAGGAGGCGGCGGUGGAUACGGAGGCGGUGGUGCUGGAGGCGCAGGAGCUGGUAGCCGCGAGUUCGGGUCCGAUGGACGUGUUGAACUGAAGGAAACUGUCUUCGUCCAGGGAAUUUCGACUACAGCCAACGAAGCUUACAUAGCUGAUGUGUUCAGCACUUGCGGAGACAUCGCUAAAAACGAACGUGGACCACGUAUCAAGAUCUACACUGAUCGCAACACUGGUGAACCGAAAGGAGAGUGCAUGAUCACUUUCAUUGAUGCCGCUGCAGCCCAACAAGCCAUCACUAUGUACAACGGACAACCGUUCCCAGGCGGCUCAAGCCCAAUGAACAUUUCUCUGGCCAAGUUCCGUGCUGACGGAGGAGAUCGAGGUGGCCGUGGUGGAGGACGCGGAGGUUUCGGUGGUGGUGGUCGUGGAGGUCCGAUGGGCGGACGUGGUGGUUUCGGAGGAGACCGUGGUGGUUACGGCGGUGGAGGUCGAGGCGGAUACGAUGGUGGCCGUGGAGGUGGCGGUGGAUUCCGUGGUGGUGAUCGCGGAGGAGAUCGUGGAGGCUUCCGUGGAGGAGACCGUGGUGGAUUCCGAGGUGGAGAUCGCGGAGAUCGUGGAGGUUUCCGAGGCGGAGAUAGAGGAGGAUUCCGCGGAGGACGUGGCGGCGGUGGAAAUGCAAAUAUGGAGCAGCGAAAGAAUGACUGGCCAUGUGACCAAUGUGGAAACAGUAACUUUGCAUUCAGACGGGAAUGCAACCAGUGCCAAGCACCACGACCAGACGGAGCCGGAGGCGGCGAAAGACGCGGCGGAGGUGGACCACCAGGAGGAGAUAGAUACAGACCAUAUUAA